AUGGUCAUCACCACGGUACAUACAGCGGACAAAAUUGCAGCAGAUGCACACGUGGAAAGCGAGCAUGACUAUUCAGAUGAAAAUAAGGAUGCGCUUGCAAUAGACGGAGAAUCGAUUGAGGUAUCAUCUCGAAGUGAUGGACGAGGAGAGGCACAAGAUGACGACGACGAUGAGGUUGCAGCUACUAAGGCGGGCGACAGGGAAGAAUUGCUCGAAGAAGAAGAAGAAGACGGUCGAAUGCGAGUUCAUGCUUCAACAUCUUUCUCGAUAAGUGAUGACAGUGUGCAAGGUCAGGUAGCACACAAUGAGGAGAUAGCAACCGAUGCAAACAAAAACCCGCUUUUGAAGAGCACCCUGCCUUCCAAUAAGUCCUAUGACUAUCAAGUCAAAGCCAUGGUAACUAGUCAUAACUCGACCUCAUAUAUCUAUUUCGAUCAAUGGAAGUGCAAACUGAACGGUAAGAGCACGGUUACGCGUCUUCGUCUGGCGUUUGAGGAGUUGUUGCCACGGCUUCUUGGAGCUCGGGAUUAUGCAGGUGCCGCAAAAGUAUUGGGAGUCAUGUAUCAUCGAUUCGCGCUAACCACAGCGGUGUGCAUUGAGGCCAGCCUUGAGAUUUUGCGCAGGCGAUCAGACUACCGCAAUGAGCUGUUGAGUUUCUAUGAGGCAGCACUCGAAGUCAACAGUCAGCAUAUCGAUAAAAUGUUGAUUUUGAAAGAAAUAUGGCUCUUUCACGUCGUUCAUGGCGAGUUUUAUGAGGCAUAUCAUAUAUACCGAGACAAAAUCGAGCAGAUGAAAGAAGCUGAAGAAGAUGCAAGGUUGCUUGCAAAUUUUGGAAUUCUAUGCUAUUGGCUCAUGUUUAUCGAGUCCAAAGAGCUUCGUGAACGGUUUGGACGGAAAGACGUGGACGAAGAGGUAGAGGACGAGUAUGAACUGGGCGCCACUGUUUGUAAUGAUUCUGGCGCAAGUGAAAGUAUCGAAUCAGUGAUUGAGUCCAUAUACUUACUCAAAACACCCAUUGGGGCUCACAUUUUGUAUCAACAAGCCAGUAAUUCAUUGAGACGUGCAGCCGCGCUAAACCCGAAUUCGGUAAUGUUUGUGGAGUAUUAUGUGCAGCUUCUUGUGCUGGUAGGAGACAUCCAACCAGCGUGUGACUAUUUGGAGGCUUUUUUUCACAUGAACCCUGAUGAUCCUCAUGGACCAAAAAUGCUUGUAGGCUUUCUGGAACGCUACUUUCCAGAUUCCGUAGAUGGCCAGGUUGCUGUGCUUUCCAGAUGGAUGAAAAAUGACCCAUCAUGUUGUCAGCCUUUAGAAAAAAUGCUAGAGCUUUCCAGCGCUGGCGCAGUGUCGUCAUUUCGGCUGACAAAGUUUUUAGUUGAGGCGCUUGAUACGUGUGGUAGCGAUUUGUACGUAAAGCAGAAUCCAGAUAUGGCAUUGGCGCUAUGGAGGAAUCUAGCAGAACUGCUUGUAGCAAUAGAUGAGGAUGAAUUUUUGAUGGACCAAAUCAAAGGAGAAGCGAUGGAUUCGUCGAGUCAAGAAACCAUUGCAGAUGUGGGCAUGCAACAUGCUUGGUGGAAACGAGUUUAUCUUGCCAGACCAAGCACAGAACAAGAAGUAGUAGCCCUUGCAGAACGUGACAGUGUUUUUUUGGAGGUGUCUAUUUAUCGUGCAGCUGUAUCUCAUCGGCUUUUUCCUGGUCAGCUCCUUAUGACAGAAGCCCUGCGCUCUGCAAUGGCUUUGCCAGCGCUAACAUGUUCUGAUCCUCAUAGCUUUUUCACCUCUGUGACAAGUACGACACCAGAUGUGGUAGCGCACACGCCUUUUGCAGACAUGCCGUUUAUGCUCGUGGUUGAUGUCGAUGAUACGAAGAAACAAGAGCUACCCGUGUUCAAAGGAAGCUCGGACACUGUGCACGUAAUGGAACGAAGAUGUGUUGUAGAAAGAGAGGCAGCUAAUGAGCAAGCAAACGUGGUGGUGACACGAACGGGCGACACAUCAGAAGUCGAUGAACGAUUUCUAGACGAACUCUAUGAAGUAUUGGAGUCUGAAGUCGGGCUUUCAAACAUGAACGAUCGGCGAUCCCCGAGAAAGCGCAAAGCUGAUGCUAUUUCUACUUCUACAGCUCCAGCAUUGAUCCCGGGUUUCGUCGGAAUGGUCGAAGAAGAAGUCUACAACAACCCGCAAGCCACCGUGCAGCACAUCUACACGGCGAUAUAUCAAAAGCUACGUCGUUCGGACAUGCUAGUGCCAACAUCGAAAGCGUUGGCGCACUGUGUAGACUUCUUUCGGAGUCGUUUGGAGAAAAACAUACAGACCUACGGUCACGGCGGCCUGAUGAUGCGGUACGAUGAUUUUGUUGCUACGUAUGUGCGUCGUCAGAGAGCAAAGGGUGUAUUUGAGGUGACAAAAGACACCGCAAAGGCAGCCGUUGAGGAGAUGAAACGUGUUCUUCCAAGCUCGCACCCACACUUUCCUGGUGUGGAUGUUGUGGAGGAUGCGAUGCGCAUUAAAACAGCAAUGUUUGUCCGCCAACGAAGACUUCGUCUGAUGGACCUCAAACAAAUGCUGAAGCCUAUUCUCAAAAAGAUUGUAUACGUGGAUGAGAAGGCUUUUGUUGACGCAGUCUAUUUGGUUUGCAGUCAAAACGGGCUUUUAGGAGUGGUCACACGCAUCGAUGUUGCGCGAACACUGCAAAACAUUUUACCAAUGCACUACUACAGGGUACUUCAAGAGAUACCGUCGCGCUCAACGCGAUUGCUUACGUCGCCCGAGUUUCGAAAGGAUUGCAAUACACUUGAAGAGAUUCUCAAGAAGCUCAAAACAGUGAAUUCACCGCGAACAGCAAAUGAAGUCAAAGCGCUUUUGUGGAUAGAGAGAUACGAAGCUUUGUAUGGCCCUAUUGUUGACGACGAUGAAGAAAGUGUUGAAGAGAGUGACAGUGACACGAGUAGCAACGACAGCAUCAGCAGCAGUGAUAUUAGCGGGAGCAGUACCGAAAGCGAUAGCAGAGAUGACUUGUACGAAGAAAAUAGGGGGUGA